AUGGCAGACGACGAUGACAUCAGAACGGCAGUACACUCGCUUUAUGCCAUUCAGCAACAGCAUCACCAGCAGCACACACACUCGCCGGUCAUACAUCACCAAUCUAUGAUGCACGGCGGUUCCCAGGGCUAUGGUAGCGGUCCGCCCAUGAACACGCUCGGCAUGACACGCUCGCAAUCACACACGGUCAAUCUGCUGAGCGAGGACUUUAUUGCCGGGUACAUGGAGCAGGGCCGCAUGUCGGUCGUCCGCCGAUUCUUCUGCCUGUUCGUAACAUUCGACGUCGUCUUCAUUUCGCUGCUGUGGAUCAUCUGUGUUGUGAUCACCGGCGACAACGUUAUACAUGCACUGCAAACUCAGGUCCUGCACUACACGGUCUACACAUCGCUGUUUGAUGUCGUUAUUGCUGCCCUCAUUAGGUUCAUUUUUCUUAUACUGUUUUACGGGCUGCUCAGCAUCAGCCAUUGGCUAGUGAUAGCGUUAUCUACAACUAGUUCCUGUGCGUUUCUUAUUAGCAAAGUAUUUCUUUACGAUUGGACUGCUACACCACAACCGGUAUUCGAGGUGCUGCUGAUCGUGGUAUCGUUUGUGCUGGCAUGGGGCGAAGCCUGGUUUCUCGAUUGUCGCGUUAUACCGCAGGAACGAUAUGCGAGAAACUAUUUCGUCGCGAUCACAAAUCCUGGCUCGAUGGACGCGCGCACACCAUUGUUGGGCCCAUUUCUGAGCGCAACCGUGGCUGGCCGGACGGAAAGUAUAGGCAACUUUUACUCUCCGAUCGAUUCGAUUCACAACAGCGACGAUGACGAUGAUGAAGAUCGGCAGGACGACGAGUUCAAGCGGAUGGGCACCGAGUGCGUUCGGCGGGCGUACACCGUACUCGAGUCGGACAGCUGGAAGAUUGAGAAGGUAACGUCGAAGGGUGACACGAUCCAAAGCUGCCAUCUGGAUAAGCUCGGGAAGGUGUACAAGCUUACGGCAAAGAUUCACUACCCGGCCCGGAAGCUGCUGGAGGUGUUGUUCUACAAGAUCGAGGACGUGCCCAAGUGGAAUCCGACGCUCGUGCAAUCGAAGAUCAUUCGCAAAAUCGACAGCCAUACGGAUAUUACGUACCAGGCCACGAUGGGCGGUGGUGGCGGUGUGGUGAAGUGUCGUGAUUUUGUCAACCUACGCUGCUGGCAUCUGUGCCGCGAUGGGCGCGUCAUCGAGGGUGUCGACAUCCUGCCGAAUCCGCUAAUAAACCUAUCCCCCGUGACGGAAGAAAGCGAAGGCAACGACGGUUCGGUAGAGCAAAGUGAGCACGACGAGGAGGAGGACGCGGAGGAAAGCGAUGGUAGCAUGGGAAAGGGUGACGUUUCGGGCAAAAUUCCCGCCUCCAAAUCCGUACCCCAGAUGAGUCAAUCGCACGUCGAAUCGCUCGACCGAAACGGUGCAAAGGGUGGCGCGAAGAAAGAUAAGACUGCAUUUAAAUCGCUCAGCAAAAGCUUGGGCGCACAGGACUUUGCUGCCGAAGGUGCGGGUUCGGGAGCGAAUCCGAAGGCGAAAAGGAAGGACGCUGCUGGAGCCGACUCGGGCGAAUCGAACGCAAAGGGUGGCAAUGUGUACGUGAGCUCGGCAAUCAGUAUAGAAUAUCCCGGUGCUCCUAAUGAUACUAUUUUUAUCCGAGGAGAAAACAAACUGUCGUGCUGGGCGAUGCGGGAGCUCGAAAAUCAAAAGGAUCACUGCAUCUUCGAGUGGCUGCUGUGCUUGGAUCUGAAGGGCUAUAUCCCACGCUACGUGCUAGACACUGCCUACACUACGCUAAUGCAAGACUACAUGAACUACCUUCGCAAGUACGUCACCGAACUACGCAAGGAAGGAAAAGUGCCUGGUGGCUUCGACUCCACCGACGACUAGUGGCGGGUGCGCCCUGGAACGGAGCAACCCGAAUCGCAUCGCAUUACUUCAUAAAUCAUUCGAAUUUAGAAUAGACUUACUCCUAAACCAUUAAUGUUUUAUUUCUUUGGACUCAUCUUGCUCCGAUAUGCUUGUUUAGCGGGAAUGCCGCUUACGUACGUGGCCUGAUUUUAUUUCCCCAUGGCAUGAUGCGUGUAGAAGCCAUCCUUUUUUUCUUGUGCUAAUUUUUAAACCAACGUACUGCGGGAUGAGAUUUCCUAGUCAAUUAUAGGGCGUGAAAGUGGAUGAGUCAGCCUACUAAUUCUCUUGAUAAGGAAAUGAGUUCCCUUUAAUGCAAUCGCCGCUAUCCGAUUGAGCAAACCUUAGCGAACGUGAAGUACUGAGUUAAGCAACGGGAAAACAGCCGUAAUCUUUUGGAUGCUAUCCUUUGCUGGCGGGAAAACCCCGCUCCACAACAUGUCUAUUUGGUAUUGCUGUUAUUUUAUUGUGAUAUGAAUAAAAGAUUUAUAAUUGAGCGCGUAA